GGUUUUCCUGACCGCCGCCGCUGCUCUUCUCUCCUAUUGUGAUGCUCGCGCUCGCGCUCGCGCUUUACGCAGAGUUUAGCGAAGCGGCUCGCGGGUGUCGUGAAAGAAGCUAAACGCGGUCUUUUUUUAAAAGUCAGCUUUUAGUGAUUACAACUAGCUCCCAAAACUAUGUCUUACCGCCUGGUGCUUAGGAUAUCCGAGUUGGAAAAGUGGAACUUCACCGACCUUCGGCGACAAAGUUAAAAGGUACCGAGUGAAGUUUUUUUUCUCCUCCUAAGAGCUCCUCCACGACCCACUGCUUACUAUUAAACAAACCCCAGCCAUCAUGGCGAGACGCUCGCGGCUCAGAGCUGUGAUUUUCCCUGCCUUCAUUUCCUCCUCGCCCUGGACUACUCACUCUCAGCUUUCCGGGAACAAGGUGAAGGUUUCUAGCUGCUGGCUCGUAGCCUUGUUGGGACUGCUGUGUGGAGGAGUUUGCGGUGCCGAAAGCGACUUUUCUAUCCUGGAGGAAGCGCAAGUGCUGGCGGUGCAGAUGAAAAAGCUGUCGGCUCAGGAGCUGGGAGUCUUCACCAUGCAGUGUUUGCUGCACCUCCUUCUAGUCCAAACCACCAAAGCAAAUGAGAGAAUUUUCAACUCCUUUGUGUACACAGAGAAAACUUCAAACGGCGAGACCGAGGUGCAGCAGUUGGCGAAGAAGAUCCGGGAGAAAUUUAACCGCUACCUGGACGUGGUGAACAGGAACAAGCAGGUGGUGGAGGCAUCGUACACAGCCCACCUGACUUCCCCGCUCACAGACAUUCAGGACUGCUGCUCGAUCCCACCCUCCAUGAUGGAGUUUGAUGGAAAUUUUAACACAAAUGUGUCAAAAACCAUCAGCUGCGAUCGACUGUCCCCCAACGUCAACAGCCGAGCUUUCAACCCUGGACGAGACCUCAAUUCGGUGUUGGCAGACAACCUGAAGUCGAACCCAGGCAUCAAGUGGCAGUACUUCAGCUCAGAGGAGGGCAUCUUCACUGUGUUCCCUGCUCACAAGUUUCACUGCAAAAGCACAUAUGAGCACAGGAGCAGGCCUGUGUAUGUGUCAGCGGUGAGGCCACAGUCAAAGCAUGUGGUGGUGCUCAUCGACCACGGCGCCUCUGUCAGCGAGACACAGCUCCAGAUCGCCCGCGACGCCGCUCUCGUCAUUCUCAACUCCAUUGACGAACAUGACAAAAUCUCGUUGUUGACAGUGGCUGAUGCGGUUCGUUCUUGCUCCUUGGAUCAAUGCUAUAAGAGCUUCUUGUCUCCUGCCACCAGUGAGACCAAGCGCAAGAUGAGCACGUUCAUUAACAGCAUUAAGUCCUCAGACAGUGCUACCCAGCAUGCCAUGGGCUUCCAGAAGGCCUUUCAGCUUCUGAGGAACACCAGCAGCAUGGGCAGACCCCACAGCAACACUGAUAUGGUGAUAAUCUACCUGUCGUCGGGCGUCACCUCUCGAGACUCCUCAGAGCAUGAGAAGAGAGCCACUCUAAACGUGGUUAAAGAGGAGAAUCGGCACCUCAACAACUCCGUAAUGAUCCUCACCUAUGCUCUUAUCAACGAGGGAGUAACAGGUCUGAAGGAGUUGGCGUUUAUGCGUGACCUGGCAGAGCAGAACUCCGCUAAAUACAGCAUUUCGGAUCGUACCACGCUCCCUGUUGUGAAGGGAAGCAUGAUGGUGCUGAACCAGCUCAGUAACCUGGAGACCAGCGUGGGCCGUUUCUACAUCAACCUGCCCAACCGUAUGAUCGAUGUGGCCUCCUUCAGCCUGCCCUACGCUGAUCAGAUGGGCGAUGGCUUCAUUAUGACAGUCAGCCGGCCAUGCUACUUUGGGAACCUGCUGCUUGGAGUUGUGGGAGUGGAUGUCAACCUUGCUUAUAUCCUCGAGGACGUCACCUACUACCAGGACUCGCUGGCUUCGUACACCUUCCUCAUAGAUAACAAAGGUUUCACCCUCAUGCACCCAUCCCUGACUCGUCCGUACCUGAUGACCGAAGCCCCGCUACACACAGACAUCAUCCACUAUGAGAAUAUCCCCGGAUUUGCCGCUGUUCGCCAGAACAUCCUCAGUUUGCCUCUGGGUAGCCAGGUGAUCUCUGUUCCCAUCAACUCGUCUCUGUCCUGGCAUGUGAAUCGUCUGCGGGAUCCGAGCCGAGACGCCUACAAUGUCAGCUAUGCUUGGAAACUGGUGCAGGACACGUCUUUCAUCCUGUGCAUAGUGUACGUUCAGCCUGAGAUCCCCGUGAAGCAGUUGAAGAACCUGAACACUGCCCCCAGCAGUAAGCUCUUGUACCACCGGCUGGACCUGCUGGGCCAACCCAGCUCCUGCCUGCACUUCAAACAGCUUGCUACUGUGGAGAGCCCAACCGUGAUGUUAUCAGCCGGGAGUUUCUCCUCUCCUUACGAGCACCUGAGUCAGCCAGAGACCAAACGCAUGGUGGAGCACUACACAGCCUACCUGAGUGAUAACACACGCCUCAUAGCCAACCCCGGCCUGAAGUCGUCUGUCAGGAAUGAUGUGAUGGCGACGAGUCACGUGACAGACGAAUGGCUGAGUCUCAUGGAGCUGAGCAGCUUGAACUGCUAUAUUGUGCGCCGUUACAUAGCAACGCCCAAUGGGGUGCUGCGGAUUUACCCCGGCUCGCUGAUGGACAAAGCCUUUGACCCCACCAGGAGACAAUGGUAUCUGCAUGCUGUGGCCAAUCCUGGUUUGAUCACUUUCACCGGACCUUACCUGGAUGUUGGUGGAGCCGGCUAUGUAGUCACCAUCAGCCACACCAUCCACGCCUCUAGCUCUCAGAUGGCCCCAGGCUAUGCAGUAGCAGUAAUGGGCAUCGACUUUACCCUGCGCUACUUCUAUAAAGUCCUGCUGGAUCUACUGCCCAUCUGCAACCAGGACAAGGGAAAUAAAAUCCGGUGUUUUAUUAUGGAGGACAGAGGCUACCUGGUGGCCCACCCCACAUUGAUCGACCCUAAAGGCCACGCUCCAGCAGAACAGCAGCAUAUCACGCAUAAGGAACCCCUGGUGGCAAACGAUAUCCUCAACCACCCGAACUUUGUGAAGAAGAAGCUGUGUAACAGUUUCAGUGAUCGCACAGUGCAGCGCUUCUACAAGUUCAACACUAGCAUUGUGGGUGAUCUGACGAACCUGGUUCACGGCAGUCACUGCUCAAAGUACAGACUCACUCGUAUUCCAGGAACCAACGCGUUUGCAGGCAUCGUGAAUGAGACUUGCGAUUCGCUGGCCUUCUGUGCGUGCAGCACUGUGGACCGCCUCUGCCUAAACUGCCACAGAAUGGAGCAGAAUGAGUGUGAGUGUCCAUGUGAGUGCCCUCUGGAGGUGAAUGAGUGUACUGGCAAUCUCACUAAUGCAGAAAACAGGAAUCCAAGCUGUGAUGUACACCAAGAGCCCUUGUCAAUGACAGUGAUUGAGUCUAGUUUGCAGGACACUUUGCCUCAGUGCAUCAACACUCGAUGCAGCCAGCGCUUCACCAGCAGUGACUGCUUUGGUGUGUUGGACUGCGAGUGGUGUGUGGUAGACAGUGACGGAAAGACACAGCUGGACAAACCUUACUGUGCUCUACAGAAGGAGUGUUUUGGGGGAAUCGUAGGUGCCAAGAGUCCUUAUGUGGAUGGCAUGGGUCUUUUAGAUGAAGAGGUGGCGUCUCUUAACAUGAUUAAGAGUGCACCCGUGGGUCCAGUAGCAGGAGGAAUUAUGGGCUGCAUCAUGGUGCUGGUUUUGGUCGUGUACGCCUACAGGCACCAGAUCCACCGCCGCAGCCAUCAGCACAUGUCACCUCUGGCAGCGCAGGAAAUGUCAGUGCGGAUGUCCAACUUGGACAACGAGCGUGAUGAAAGGGAUGAUGACAGUCAUGAAGACAGAGGAAUAAUCAGUAACACACGCUUCAUCGCUGCUGUCAUCGAGAGACACACACACAGUCCUGAGCGCAGGCGGCGGUACUGGGGCCGAUCAGGAACAGAAAGCGACCAUGGCUACAGCACUAUGAGUCCUCAAGAGGACAGUGAGAAUCCACCGUGCACCAGUGAGCCCCUCUCAGCAGGAGUGGAUGUGGGAAACCAUGACGAGGAGCUGGAACUGGACACACCACCCCAGACCGCUGCACUGCUCAGCCACAAGCUCUACCCGCAUCGGCACACACACACACGCCACCCGCUGCACACGCACACGCACCACCUGCAGGCGGCAGUCACCGUUCACAGUGUGGACGCCGAGUGCUAAACCCAAAACCCCACCCACAGAGCUCACCUUUAAUGCCACUUCACUCCGAGGCCUGCCUUCAUCCUCCACUUCCACUUUGAGCCUAAAGCCAGACGCUGUGCCCUUCUGAGAGAGCAAAGGGAGAAAAGGGACGGGGCCGAGGCCACCUGGGGAAAUCCUCUGUGAUGAGGAAAGUCUUUUUAACCUGAACUCUUGAACCUGGACUUAACUGCUUUUAAUGGUGUGGAGGCACAGAUUUGCACUUGUUUUAAGUGCCGCAAAGCAUCUCAACAUUUUUUUUUUUAAAGGAAACAUGAAGCCGAAAGGAUUAUUUUUUUACUAUUUAUUUAACUGGAAUUGAGGUGGGAACAUAUGAAUGGAGGGAACUUGAUGAUUAGUUCGUCAUUAGGAGGCCCUGUUCAGCCGGACUACAGAGCAAUGAGCAGUGGGAUGUGUGGCACUUUACGUCACGCACACGUUACUGUGAGAAUGUACUGUAGUGCAAAAAAAAAAAAAAAUCAGAUACGGAUGGGCAUAAGUGGCUGCACUGAACGUUGGACAGAAAGCGCAAAAAAAAAAGAAAAAGGAACGCACACCAGCCAUCUGUGAGUGGAGGCAGAAAUGUGUUGCUUCUCUGAAUCUGUUCAUUCGCUGCAUGGUUUGUUCCAAGCCUGUUAUUUACGAAAGAGGAAGAGAUUCUCCCGAAAACUGUAAUGUUCAAAGGAUCUCCAAGAUUUAAGUGUUUCACCUCCCAAUCACAACUGUUUUAGGACAUUUUUAAAGUGACCUCAAGAUGCUGAGAUGUACCACUGUGUGUAUAAACCUUCAAUAUUAUAUCCCUAUUCAGUCCUGACCAGCCAUUUUAUCUGGAGUGAGUGGGUUAUUUUUUACAAAUAGCUCAGUAUUGGUCAGUAUUUUUCAUUUUCCCUGAUGGACAAGCAGAAAUAUCAGAAUCCUGCACUUCUGUCAAGUUGCCCAUCUAAUCCAGAUGUUGCCUUUGUGCUUAUAUGAUUUUAGAGUGAUUAUGCCUAUUGUUUCCAGAUUGAAAAAAUAUACAUGUAUAUACAUUUGACCUUUAACAAAGUAGCUUAUAAAUGAGUUCACUCCUCA